GUUUAGUUGCAUUGUGUAGUGGCCACCGAGAACCACCGGAAGCUUUAGCAAGCACAAGUUUGCCAAGAGCGUUAAUAAGAGGUCUACUAAAACUUACCGUCCGGUCGUGGGGUGUGAGUUUUCGUUGGUGCAUUCAUUUUCGUAGAUGUGGUUGACGUUCUGUGCUGCCGUGAUCGCGUGUACUCUGGCCUAUGGUGAUCAAAGGGUUGCAGCGACGUGCGACCGGCGACCGAGCUGAACAGUGGUGGCACGGUGCGCCCGCCAGCAUGCGCCGGACUUGUGCCGGACGUUGGGCGGCACCGGUCCCGUGCGGGCGUCCGGUGCUUCUGUGCGGACAGCUCAAUCAACGCCUUCAUCCAACUGCACACACAACAACAACAACAACAACAGCAACAACGCGCCUAUCAACUCGUCCCGUCCUCAUUCUAUCAACGCCUCUACUGCCGCUGCUGCUGCUCCUAUCAGCUGCCCCAGCUGCAGUGCUGGCACAGUCCCUCGAGCGGCCCCAGGUCGCCGCCACCAGCACGGACAGCGAGGACAACUACGCCGCUACCGUGCGCGACUUGGUUACCAGAUGCAUCAACCGCUGCCCCGAUCAGAACCGGACGACCUUCGAGCACAUUGAUGUCAGUUGCGGUACCGAUUGCUACAUCCAGCAGUGUACGAUUGGCUGCAAACAAUGGGAGCAGGCGCUCGAGUCCAGCUGUCAGCAGGCAUGCAACAUCACGCGGCACGAUGCGAUGGAGGCGCGCGAGAUGUACUGCAACAUGGGGUGCAACGAUGGGCUGAAUCGGUACUUUCGCUGGUUACGGGCCGAGAUCGGUACACCGCACGCACCGGCCCUGGUAGCCGACAGUCUCACCGCGACCACACUCGCCCUCGAGUGGGAGGUACCGGAGCGGUGGCUGCAGCUGUCCCGCCACCGCCAUCACGAACCACGCAGCUACAUCGUCCAGUGGCGCUACGAGGAGAUGGCCGCCGACUGGAAGUUCUGCCGGAACCAGAGCAUCGACGAGAACUCGACCGUACUGGUGGACAACCUGCAACCGUACACCAAAUAUCGCUUCCGUGUCCUGCUGGUACUGUCUCCAAACUCCACCGAUCACGUGCUGGCGUCCGAGCAGAGCGUCAUCAUUAGCACACUGCCCGCUGGGGUGCCAUCGUCGAAACCGACCAUUGUACGGGCCGUUGCGGUAGACCACUCACGCAUUUCCAUCUCCUGGGAACCGGGACCCUUCCCCAAUGGGCCCGUCCUCUCAUAUGUGCUACAGAUCAAAGACCUUCAUCCGAUAGGCUACAGUGCCCUUAAGGACGUCCCGGAGUCGAACACAACGCGCCACUACAUGUUCGAAAACCUGGAACCCGAGCACAGCUACACGGUGUCGGUGUCGAUGCGCAACCCGGAAGGCGAAGGACCCGCCUCCCUAACGCACGUCUCCACCCCACCGAAGCAAACGGGCGGCGAUAGCGUGGAGAGCGUGAUGCCCACGCUCAUCCUCGGUGCCGAACACUCCAUCCUCACGCAAAGCUCCAACAUGUUUUCCGAUCCACCGAUCAGCGUCUACAGCAGCCCGGUGGCUAAGAUCUACGGCACCGCGAUGCACCUGCGCCGCGGUCUCCUCUUCGUGUCGGACGAAGCGGGCUACAUCUGGCGUGCCCCAUCCGUCCUCGGUGCGGAGCGAGACCGUGUUGCAAUCCUGCGCCCCGACGCUACCCUCAACUUUCGCCCAACGCUCCUGUCCGUGGACUGGCUAAACGAUCACCUGUACAUCCUGGGCCAGGCCCGUACCACCCACCUCUGGCAGAUACUGCACUGUGACUUUAACGGCCAGCACCUGACGGUGGCGAUUGCGGGGCUGCAGCGUCGCCCGGACUACUUCGAGGUCGAUCCGUACAAUGGGUACCUGUUCUGGGUGAUCGGUGACCCGGGCACGGGGGACCCGCCGCCCCAGCAACCCGGUGCCGACGGGCAACCGUCACCGGGUGUCACCGGACCGACCGGACCGACCGGUCUGUUCCGGCUCGAUCUCGGUGACAUCUCGAACGGUGUCCGGCACGAGAUACGCCCCCUCCAGAUGGUGCCCGGUCCCCAUCUCGGUGCGUUCGCGAUCGAUCACACGAACUUUCGCGUCCUGGUGGCGGACCAGCGGGCCAACACCGUGCUGGCGGUGUCGCUCGACGACAAGCAAACGGUCGACAUCCGGAACAACACCCAGCAGCCCCGGUUCGAGCGGGUCCGCUCGCUCGCCCUAGCGAACGGGCUGUUCUACUGGACGAACGGGACGGAAGUGUUUGCCGAGGAUUACCACGUCCUGUACGACAGCUACUACCACAACGCGUUCCCGGUCGCUUCCAACAACACGUACUUCAGCAUCAACGUGAAUCUGACCUCGGAACAACCGAUCCCGGUCCCGGUCAACCCGCCACGUAACGUGCAGGCGCUCGUAUCACCGGAGCGCAUCAAAAUCGCCUGGGAACCACCGUUCCUGCUCGGUAUGAAGGGCCGUGGCGCCUGGCAAGCCUGGCACUACCGGGUGGAGGUACGGGACGAACGGAACGGUACGCUCGUGCUGCUCGUACCGGCGAGCCCCACCACCAGCUACGCCACCGCACUCACCAACCUGCUCACCCCGAACCGUACCUACACGGUACGGGUCGCGGCGCACACCGUCGCCGGCGUUGGACCCUGGAGCCACGAGUUCCGUGUCCGUACGCUCCGUGCCCACCCGCAACCACGCCACCUGGUCUGGGCGAGUGCGGCCGGCAUCGUGCGCAGUGACGUGAUCGGGGAUCACGUGCAAACGUUACUUCCUCCACCUGCGGGCACCAGUAACGCCUCCUCGGACGUCACCAGUCUCGCCUGGUACAACGGUACCCUGUACGUGGUGAGCAACGGAACCCUCCGCUGGUACCGGAGCACCGACGACGGCGGGCACCCCCGCUGGCACCAGCUCGGUGAGCUCAGUUCCGUCGCCUGCGUCACCAUCGAUCGGCUCGGCGAGCGCCUCUACCUACACAACCCCGCCCAACAGAUGAUCGUCCGGGCCGGCCUCCACGGUGAGCGCCAGGAACCGAUCCACGCCGUGCCGAGUGUCCGCGAGCUGCGGUUCGACGAACGCCGCGGUUACCUCUACUCCUCCUCCGGCAUCCUGCUCGAGGCGUUCCGUUUAAACGGCAAAAACCGGGUCGUCUACUUCAGCGAACACCCGUUCACGGGGAAGCAGGUGAUGGGCAUGACACUCGACACCGACGGACAGCAGCUGUACUGGAUCGAGCGGAGCUACCUCAACUCGCACCUCUGCUGGGCCCCGCUAGCGGAUCCGGGCCGUGAUUCGGCCACCGGUUACCCGGCCACCUCCGUCAUCCUGAGCGCCCAGACACCGCAGGGCCCGCUCCUGCACUUCAGCGACCGGUUGCUGUGGGUCCGCGAGGGCCAGGUGGUGGUGGGUGAUGUGCGGGGUGAAAAUCUAGCGUACAUCCGGGCCCGCCAGCUCAAUGGGACGAGUGCGAUCGCACUCGUGGAGCCCGGAACCGUGCACCAUCCCCCCCGUGGCCACGCCCGCAACGUGAUACCGGCGGCAGUGAACGGGACGAGCGUGCGGGUCGCGGGCGACUGGCGUACGUUCAACGUGAGCUGGGCCCCGGUCACGAACGUGAACCACAGUGAGGUGUUUUACAAGCUGCUGCUCAAGGUGCCGGGUGCGGCCCGCGAUCUCGUCCAGGAGCUCCAGCAGCCGUGGUUUGUGUACCCGGGCCAGGGCGGGCCCAUCCAUGAACCGAUACCACCGUACACCCCGAUCGACAUCACGCUGCACGCGUUCACGUACUGGCGCUCGUCCGGGGUGGUGACGGUACAGCGCCACACACCGGCCGGCCACCCAUCGGUACCGGUGCGCCCGCGGGUGUUCCUGCGUACCCACUAUCCGGCCGACCGUCGGCCCGCUCACACGCUAACGGUGGGGCUCGUGUUCCGGUGGGAGCCACCGCACGAACCGAACGGUCCCCUCGUCGCAUACCGGGUUGAUUUACUCGAGGAGGAACAGGCGGGGGGGGGCCAUGGCACCUCACGCUACCUGCUCGACCGUCACCCCGUCAGUGCGGAGCGGCACGAACUCACAAUCCCCGGGCCCAUCCACCCGAAUGCCACCUACAGCCUGCGGGUGCGCGUCGCCAACGUGGAUCACGAGGGUCCACCCACGGAACCGUGCACGGUGUCACUGGGCGAUGGUGGCCAGGUGCGCCCCGGUACACUGCUCCCGCUCGUCUACCUCGCUACCGCCACCGAGAUCCUGACGGUCGAUCUGGAUCUCCGGCUGGCGAGCCCCCUCGUCACGACCGCCGUCCCUGCCCGGCUGUUGGGUGAGUUACGCCACGAGCGGCGCCUCUUCUGGAUCGACGCCAACGGCGAACUGUACACGUACGAUGGGACGGACGGGAAACGGCGGUUGGCACGGGUUCCCGGGCACCCGACCGCCCUCACCGUCGACUGGGUGGCACGGAUUGCGUAUGUGGCGGCCCGGGUCACACCAGGCGAUGGCGAUGGCGAUGGCGAUGGCACGGUGGACCCAAAUGGCCAAACGUGCACGCUUUACGCUUUCGACCUUAAUCACCUGGAGCUGGGUGGCGCUGGAGGUGGCGCUGGUGGCGCUGGCGCAGGUGGUGGUGGUGUGGGGGGUGUUACGGGUGCCGACGGUCCUGGGCCCGUCCCCGGCACCGCCGUCGGUAGUCGUCCGGUGAGCACCGUUGGCAGCGGCGGGAACGGUGGGCCGGAACAACAAACAACCGGCACCCUGGCGAUGGCACUCGGUUCCAGUGUUCGGCUGCCGGUCGAUUACCUUCUGGUGCGCGGUACCGGUGAGCUGCUCGCUUUUUCCCGCCCGCAUCGCACCGUUUAUCGUGUGCAGUUGAACGGGCGGCCGGAAGUGACGGUGACGCACGUUAACUGCACUCGACGCGACGCGACGAUCUGCGGCCAGUUUCGUGGUCUUUUCGAUACCGUGGACAGUGGAAUCGCAUCCGAUGGUCACAGUUUGUACUGGUUGGCGCAGGAUGAUGAGGGGAUGGUGCAGGUACGGUUGCGGCCGCUCCAGGAAACCGAGGGUGGCAACGGUACCACGCAACAGCUACCGCUCGGUGCGAGUAUCGAGGGUUACGGUGCCCCGGUGGCACUCCUGCCAGCCCAGCAACACCAACCCUACCCAAGCGAAGAGUGUUUGGUACCGUGGCGACACCAUACCGGGCGCCCAGUCUGUCGGCCCGUGCUGCAAGAGUACACCGAGCGGACGCUCGUUCUGCGCCUCCCAGAACCGGACCGGAAUCCGAACUGUACCAUCCGGCCACCCGGCAUCCGGUAUCGGAUCCAGUAUGCCCCGCUCGCCAGUAACGCGCACCAAGCGCAGCGUGCCUCAUCACGGCCGAUCGUGCGCUACUCCUACGAACCGCUCGCAACGAUCGGUGGACUGCAGCCGUUCACACGGUACGAGUUUCGGGUGACGCUGCACAGCUACUACCUCGAAACGGUUGCCGUGUACCCGCCGUUGGGUACGGUGGUCGCUGCCCGAACCGCACCGAGCGGUGGAGGAGGUGAAACCGGGGAACCGGACCCGGAGGAAGGUGUAACGGUCUUCCGGACGGCCCCCGGUGCACCGUCGCGCCCGGAGCGGAUCGAAGCGAUCCCGGUCAGCCCGACGGAAGCGAUCGUACGGUGGACGGCACCGCAGCAGCUGAACAACGAUCGGGUAUGGUACGAAAUUUACUGGCAGACGGAGACGGGCGAGCGGAAGAAUCGGCAGCAGCAGCGAGUGACCGAAUUCAACGAGACGGGCACGGUGCUGGCGAUGAACUUGACGCGACUCCAACCACACCAAACGUACCGGAUCGGCAUCCGGGCGUACUCGACGGUGAGCGCGUACAGCGAGAGCCACUCGGUCGAGAUUGAAACGUUCCCGGAUCCGGACGACAUCGAGCGGGUAUCGGUUAACUCCACCAGUCUCCGGUUGCGCUGGCGGCCACCGUCAAACUGUCGCAGAUUUCUGCUGCAGUACGCCAUCGUCGGUCACGGCCAGUGGGAGCUGCUGUACGACUCGGAGCAGCCGGCCGCAGGGCAGGCGGCGGCACGGGGCAACGAUACGUACGAGCUGGGGUCACUGCUGCCGAAGACGAUGUAUCGGUUCGUGGCGCUCAUUUACUACCCGGACUGGGAUGUGCCGUACGAGUGGCCACGGGAACCGCAGCACUUCCAGUGUGAAACGUUGGCCGAUCGCCCAUCGGCCCCGGGCCGUCCCGUCAUCACGCAGCUCCGGUCGGACGUGUACAAGGUGAGCUGGGAGCAGGCGAAGGACAAUGGGGCACCGCUGGAGGCGUACGGGCUGGACGCGAUGGUACACCAAUCGAAUCGGCCGCCCGCAAUCCGCUCGUUCACCGGUGAUCCAGCGAGUGAGCAACAGGAGGAAGGCGAUCCAUCGCUAGGGAAUGAGACGUCGACGACGACGACGGUGAUGCCGGCUGAGACGAGUGGCUGGAACCAGGUGUACAACGGUACCGACACUUACUGGUUCAUCCCGGAUCGGUUGGCCGUCCAUACCAAUCUGUUUCGGGUGCGGGCGCGCAACUCGUACGGCUGGGGCCCGUACAGUAACGAGAGUUUGCCGCUGGAGGAACCGCUCUACUCGAACCGAUCGAUCGUGCUGCUGUCGCUUGUCUGCAUUCUCGUCACGAUCGUGUUGUUCGUAGCGACCGUCGUUAUUUGUGUCGCGCUGCGCACGAACGAGAAGCAUAAACCGUUCCCGAGUGAUGGUGGCGUUCAUGCGCACCUACCGGACGUGGAGCUGGCCAACCUGCGCGAGCUGCCCCGCCGGGGCAAUUUCGUCCACAGCAACAACAUCCUUUACGGUACGAGCUCACUGUUCAGCGCCGAAGUAUCGCUGCUACCCCACAUCCGCAGUGAUCAGAUUUACAUGACCAGCUCGUCCCUGCUCGGCAGUGGGGCCUUCGGUGAGGUGUACGAGGGUAUUGUCAAGGGUGUCGACGGUGAGGCGGAAACGCUUGUCGCAAUCAAGACACUGAAAAAGGGCGCAAAGGAGCACGAGAAGCAGGAGCUACUGCAGGAGGCCCAGCUGAUGAGCAACUUCAAGCACAAGCACAUUACGCGCCUGGUGGGCGUGUGCCUGGAACCGGACACGUUGCUCAUCAUCAUGGAGCUGAUGCAGGGUGGCGAUCUGUUGAGCUACUUGCGGCGCAGCCGGCCCCUCCCGGGCCAGGCCGCGCGGCUCACCAUGCUCGAUCUGAUCUCGAUGUGCCAGGACGUGGCGUCCGGUUGCCGGUACCUGGAGGAGAUGCACUUCGUGCACCGGGACCUCGCCUGCCGCAACUGUCUGGUGUCGUCGACGGAUCCGCGCGACCGUGUCGUCAAGAUCGGUGACUUUGGGUUGGCGCGUGACAUCUACAAAAAUGACUACUACCGGAAGGAGGGUGAGGGUUUGCUGCCGGUCCGCUGGAUGUCGCCCGAGAGUCUGGUCGAUGGCGUGUUCACCUCCCAGUCCGACAUCUGGGCGUUCGGGGUGCUGCUGUGGGAAAUUAUGACGCUCGGUGAGCAACCGUACCAGGCGAAGAACAACGUGGAGGUGCUGAACCAUGUGCGCGAGGGUGGCCACCUCGAUCGACCGAAGGUUUGCCCGAACGAAAUGUUCGAGCUGAUGAAAUACUGCUGGCGAUUCUCGCCGGACGAGCGGCCCACGUUCCGGUACUGUCUGGAGGUGUUGGAGGUGCUGCGGGAGAAUACCAGCGAGGAUACGCAGAUCAUAGCACCGUAUCCGGCCAAGCUGCACCAAGAAGCCGUGUCCAACCCUUCAUACUCGAUUGACGAUGCUUGCCUGCCCUUUACCUCAGGUAGCACCAUGCCGGUGCGUGGCGACCGGAAGCACGCCGAAAGCGGUCACCACAUUCCAACGCCACCAACGUCGAGCAGUGGCAGCAGCGGUGGUGGCGGUGCAAUCUCUCUACCCGGUGGCACACCGAUGCCCAAGUACCUGGAGCUCGUGUACGAUAACAGUGCCAGCAACUCGCACGAUUCGGGCCGGUUCACCGAACCACCACCCACCCCGGCCGUCUCGCUCGGCCUCGCCCCCGCGCCAUCGGUGGCACCGCACGCUCGUGACACCCGCGACGAACCGGCCCCGGUCCGGGCCACGAUGCUGCUGCAGCUCACCGACAACGGGUACGAGGUGCCGAUCACCGAUCUGCGCUACCAGCCGACCCCACCGGCCAGCAUCGUCGAACGAUCGACGGCUGGACCGGCCAGCACCGGCUACAAGCACGACUACUCCAGCCUCGAUCCGCUGCUACCGUCGGUCGUACUGGUACCGGUACCGAGUGGGGCCACCACCAGUAUUACCGACGGUGCGCAGCCGCUGCGCCACCAGCACCACCAGCACCACCACGGACCCAGCAGCAGCAGCAGCAGCAGGCCUCUGUCCGGCGAUGAGCCACUGUCGACGAUGAGUUGAAACAGGGAAAGGACGGGGGUACGGAGCCCUUGUUUUUUUUGUUAACUCGCUCGAGCCCGGACUUUGCUUUAGAAAAAAAAACAAACAAGCAAACAAAAAACUCCCCUAAAUCAAAAGAAAGAAGGGUAGCAAACAAAGGCUCCGUGUCUUGGGCGUUUUUUUUUUGUAAUGUUAACGUUUAAUUAACUAUCGCGCACAUGUCGAAAUUAGAUUAAAUGUAUCCUAGAUGUCGGCGAGUGAGCCAAGAGAUCCUUUCUCUCGUUUUUUUCUUUCUCUCUCUCUCUCUCUCUCUCGAGCCUCUCGUUAGGCUCUCGCUAGGCUCUAGAUCGUUAGCAUUUAAGAAAAAAGCAGGGGAAGACGCAAAAGGAGUAACUUAACACAAUACCCCAAACUCAACGGGAAAGGCAGAGGACUCGGAGUGUGUGUGUUGGGAGACAUUCUCCACACUCUCUCACAUCCUCGCAGCUUCCCAAUGAAGAAGGCCGCGGUUUAAUUUAUUGAUUUCGACUUCUAGUAGGAAACGCAUUAGCAUAGAAAAGAGACAGCAAACGAACGAGCGCAGCAAACGCAAACUGCCAGUAACACUAGGGAAUACACGCGCACGCGCGCGCGCGCGCUACCCCCCCCCCCCCCCCCCCCUAUCCACCCCGACUCCGUGCGAAAGCAAUAGCCAGUAGGACCGAUACGAACCAUAGUGUGCCUCUAGUUGUGAAUAGAUUUAGGAGGUAAGCAACAAAAGUGUCUACAUCUCGCAAAGAAAAUGCAUACACAUUCACAGUUUCAAUAUUUUAAUUAUCUUGGAAAGGGAGGGGGUAGAAGGAAUGUAUUUGGUGAGAAAUUACUCCUUUUCUUUCACCCUUUCUCGCCCUUCAACAUACAUUCCCCAAAGAAACGUAUCCGGAAUUAGUCGGUUUAACUCGCACUGGGUUAUCGGAUCAAGUUGAAAUUUUUAUCCAAGGUUGUUACAAUUGUCUGUAAUUAGUGUGCAAAUUUUGAACUGGAUUCGUUAACCCGUUUUUUUACAGCAGCUUUUUAACUAAAUCGAUAUCAGUCGUGAGCGGCGAUUUUGUUUUAUGUUUUACCUUCCCCAAAGAAAGUAACGUAAAAUCAAUCAAAUUGUUAUUCUAAAAGAUCCAAAUUUAAUUGGACACCUUCUUAAAUAUGCUCCAUUGGUGGCGAUUGCAGCGAUGCGGCAUGCGACCUGUUUUGCGAUAGUGUUUUGGCGGACAAUUCAGCUCUUUCGGUACGUAACGCCGCGCGGCCAUCUUUCUCAUGCCCAAAAUAUCAAUCAAAGCCGCAUUUGCUGACUGGUGGGAUCUCAUCUAGCUCAUGUGCAAUCUCUUUCAAGCAGGCAUGACGGUUUUCAAGCAUCAUCAAGUCUUAAUUCUUUGCUUAACGUGUAGCAACCCCCACCGUGAAAAAAAAACGCAGCUCACGACUGACAUCGACUUACUUAACCAGCUGCUGUAAAUAAACGGGUUAACGAAUCCCGCUCCAAAUUUGCACACUUAUUAAGGACAGUUGUAGCAACCUUGAAUAAAAAUCUCAUCUUAAUCCGAUUGCCCAGUCCGAGUUAAACCGACUAUUCCGGAUGCGUUUUUUCGACGGAAUGGAUUUUUAAGUUUCUCGCACAUUUCGUUCGGGUUGUUAAGCUCUUUUAAUUUUCUGUUACAAACCCGGUGACACUAUGCAAUUCGAUAGAGAUGUAGAUAGUUGAUUUUUGUUUUUGUUUUACCGAUUAGGAAUGUAACAUACAGGCAGAGCACAGAGCCAGAAGUCAUGGAGGUGGAGCUUUUCGAUAAAGAUAAGCAUCAGCAGCAGCAGUAAAGGAAGAGAGGGUGUACUAUCGAUAACUGUUUUUUUUAGACGAUGGAUGGAUGGUCGCCGUCACCGAUUCGAUAUCGAAGCCGGAGAAGCAGUGCAGCGUCAUAGGCACCCUUAUAUUAAAGGUGCAUCGGUGUGUAUGUGGGUGUGAUGUGUUGUGUGUGCAUGCACUUGCGGUCUGUGUGGCCACUCUUUCUCUCCUUCUCUCUCUCUCCUCUCCCCCCCACCCUUCUCUCUCUUGGCUACCAGCACCAGCAUAGGUCCUGCGAAGGAGGGGCGUUGGGGGGAGGCUGUUGUUGCAUUAGCUAGUAAAGGGGUGCAAUAGAAGCGCGGUUGCGCCGCGUUUGAAAGCUUCAUUCAAUAAAAUCUCAA